UUGUUUCUCCCCUCACUUGUCCACGCUGCUUACACCCACAAGUUCUCCAAGAGUCCUCGGCAAGACACCACCAGGACCCCCCCCUCCAACUCUCCUCCGCUCCACUUCAUUCGCAGACAGCCUUGCGCACUCUUUUUUGGAUCGUCUUUCGGCGCAUUCCAGCAGGGGACAUCCGUGCGUAAUAACGUUAUUACGCACGACUUCGGCUGUAGAAAAUACGCACGUUUGGUAAUUUUAUUGUAUUCUUUUAAUAUGUGGCUACAUUUCUAGACUUUUGUUGAGGUGUUUGUGUUCUUUUUGGUGCAUUGAGAACGCUUAAGAUACACAGGCAUCACUUUAGUGCUGGUGCGUAACGUGGUUGUUUGUGCAGGUGUAAUGCAACAGGUGUCUGAUAUUGUUGGACAGAAUAAUAAGUGCAAAUAAUCGGAGAGAGAGAAAGAGAGAGAGAGAGAGAGAGAGAGAGGGAGAGAGAGAGAGACCCCCUGGAGACAAACUAAGAGAGGAAGAGGAGGAGGCCGCCGGUCUGAGAGAAGAGGAGAGAGUGAGGGAGUGAGGGAGUGUUUUAAAGCCCACUGGAGGCAUGAUGUCCUACAUUAAGCAACCCCAUUACGCCGUGAACGGGUUAACACUGUCCGGCCCGGGCAUGGAUCUGCUCCACACCGCCGCCGUUGGAUACCCGAGUACCCCACGUAAACAACGUCGGGAACGCACCACCUUCACCAGGGCCCAGCUGGACAUCCUGGAGGCUUUGUUUGCCAAAACCCGUUAUCCAGACAUCUUCAUGAGGGAGGAGGUGGCCCUCAAGAUCAACUUACCUGAGUCCAGAGUACAGGUGUGGUUCAAGAACCGCCGUGCCAAAUGCCGCCAACAGCAGCAACAAAGCACAGGCCAGUCCAAACCGCGGCCCCCCAAGAAGAAGUCCUCCCCAGCCCGUGAAGCGAGCGCCGAGGCCACCGCCAACCCCGCCAACGGACCCUACAGCCCACCGCCUCCUCCACCGGGCACCGCCAUCACCGCCAGUUCCAGUUCUGCCAGCGCCACCGUGUCCAUCUGGAGCCCGGCGUCCAUCUCCCCAUUGCCGGACCCCCUGUCCGCUUCCACCACCCCCUGCAUGCAGCGUGCCGCCACCUACCCCAUGACCUACAGCCAGGCCCCGGCCUACAGCCAGAGCUACGCGGGUUCCUCCUCUUACUUCACCGGCCUGGACUGCAGCUCCUACUUAUCCCCCAUGCACCCGCAGCUGUCGGGCACUGGGGGGGCCCUCAGCCCCAUCACCGCCUCUUCCAUGGGCGGGCCCCUCAGCCAGUCCCCGGCGUCCCUCUCCUCACAAGGCUACACGGCCGCCUCACUGGGCUUUGGAGCCGUCGACUGCCUGGACUACAAGGACCAAUCUGCCUGGAAACUCAAUUUCAACGCCACUGACUGUCUGGACUACAAAGACCAGAGCUCCUGGAAGUUCCAGGUCUUGUAAUUAUCAUCAAAUGAGGGGUCGAGAAGGAGUGGACUUGAGAGCGGGUUGCUGAAUACACACAAUUCCCAAUUUUCAAUUCCCAAUCAUCAAACCUAGAAACCAACGGCGACAAUGAAGAAGUUCAACUGAGUGGUGUAGAAGGUCCAACUUGUGCCUUUUACAGGGCAAGAAACCGUAUUUGGUCUCUUAAAACAGAUCUCACACACCUACAGGACAGUAGAACUAUGCUCAUUCAAUAUCAUGAAUUAUUAAUUAUUAUCAACCAUGGAAAAUAUUUCAACUUUCUGGUCUUAAAAUGAUGAAUUCCAAGUAUUGGAUCAACGAUAUCACUGAUGACUUCAUGACUGGAAGGAACAGGGCACUUUAUUUGUACUAACACAUCAGUAGUACUCUUAGAAAUUGUACAUUUUGUGUAUUGUCAACAGCCUUGAUAGCAACACGGACAAUCGGUGACAAAGUGUUGACAUGCAAGCCGACAGUUCAACUCCGCACCCAACAGAGGAGCUGAUCGAUGCUGAUGACUCCCCCCCCCCCAACCCCGGUAGCCUUGUUUGAUACGGACCCCCUCCAUCCUUUGUGUGUGUGUGAUACAAGCCAAGAGGGUGGAGUGUGAGUCCCUGAAGUGACUGCAGUACAAACCCGUUGCCUUUGCCUUUGAGCAUGCUUGGAAUCAUCAAGAGAACGGCUCACGCGUUGUUGGUUUAAUAGGAUCAACUCCUAAUUUGGGCAACAAUGGCUGCAUUGUGGCUAUUGGCACUCAAGAACUAAAGACCCCCCCACGUCACCCCAUGUCACCCCAUGUUCCUUUUCACGGGACGUUAGCAGACGACGGCUUGUUCAAGCAGUUCUGCCUAUUAUGUUUCAUUGACUUUAUUAUUUUUUUUUUUUUUUUUUUGCGAGAGGCUCAAAGACUGCACCACAGAAAGGGAAAGGAGGUGCCAAUCUGCCCCCCCCCCCCCCCCCCCCAGCACAGAGAGUUCGGUGUCUCUCAAAUCCAAUUUGUAAAGAUGUGAUGCGUACCAAUAUAUGUAUUUCAUGUAUCUUUGAUUUUUUUUUUUAUGUAUUAGAUUUCAUAUUGUUAUGUUUCUUUCAACAUUUGUGGAUUCGUCAAAGUAACAAAAAAAAACUGUGUUAAUUUGUUUUGAAGUUGCUAUUAUUAUUAUUAUUAUUAUCAGUAUUAUUACUGUCACCGUUCAUAUGAUUUCUUCAGAUGACAUUUGCGAAAAUGCUUUUUGUAAAUAUUCAAUCACAUCUGACGUGCGCACGCCAUGCAACAAUCGUAUUAUGAAAUCUUAGACAACUGCCAACUUUUCACGUUUUUCCUGUUUCUAUUUUUCUUAUUAUUAUUUUCAAACUCAGGGUUUUAUCGGAUGAAAGUAGCAGUAAUAGGAAGACGGACGUUUAUGCUUCUUAGUGGUUUACUGUACUUUUAUCUUUUGCGUAAAUACUACAUCAUGAAUGAUUCUUUUUUUCUUUUUGUAUUUGAUUUCAUUUGUCUCCUGUGUUUGACCAGUCGCACCGCUACCUUGCUAGAUAGAUAUUAAACAACUUUAUUUAAACGCCG